UCCGCAGCUGAGAAGCAUUUCAUCCCUAGUCUGCAAGAAGUGACGUAGAGAUAGCUAAAACACUACAUUGUCCUGUUCGAGGUGAAGAGGUCGAUCGAUCAUGGCGAAGGGUGACGAGAAGAAGGCACCUCUCUUCGUGGCCGUGGCCCUGGCCAUCUACGUCGUUCUCACGGCGCAGGUGGGGUCGGCGGCGGCCCCUGGUACUGGUAGCUACGCCGGCCUGGAGGCACCUGUGAGGCAAGUCGUUCAGAAGUACAUGGAUAUCAACCGGGGCUUGGGUGCUGGCCUCAUCCGACUCGUCUUCCACGACUGCUUCGUCAGGGGUUGCGAUGGAUCCGUGUUGCUUGACAGCACGCCCAAAAACACCACCAGCAAUGCUCCCCUGACGCUCGCUGGGAAGACGGAGAAGGCGUCGCCAAGCAACGGCGGCCUGCGUGGCCUCGAGGUGAUCGACGCCAUCAGGCUCAGGCUCGCCGAAAAGGAUAUCGGUGUCAACGUCUCCUGCGCCGACGCCGUCGUGUUCGCCGCCCGCGAGGCCACCUACAUCCUGAGCAACAACACAAUCAAAUACGAAGUGGACGGGCCCGGCCGCAAGGACGGCGUCGUCUCGUCGGCAGAGGACCCGGGAAAACACCUCCCUAACCCCACCGACAACUUCCAGCAGCUCCUGCAAAGCUUCAUGGCCAAGGGCUUCAACCUGGUGGAGCUCGUCGCCCUCUCCGGCGCACACUCUGUCGGCAUCGCCAACCUAACGUCGGUCAUACACCGAUUCGGAACUCCGAUCAUCCACGGUGAGAUGAACAAAACGUACGGUGCAGUCGUUGCAGCCGAAGGGCGGAAGCACUCUGGUGUGAUAGAGAACAACGUCCGUGACUUCGACGAUUCGAGCCGUAAGCUGGCUGGUUACCAGGCCAAUGGGGUGGUGGACUUGGCGGCGGUGGGCUACCUAGACAACAGCUACUACAACGCCAACUUACAGAACAUGGUGCUCUUCAAGUCAGACUGGGAGCUGACGCAGAACGGCACCGCAGAAGAGCACAUGAAAUCGUACAAGAAGAAAGCCAGUUUGUGGAACACAGCCUUCGCCAACGCCAUGACCAAGCUCAGCAAGAUGGUCGAGUCCAAGGACCCACUUUACGAGAUCGGAAGCAGGAGGACAUGCAAUGUCACCAACCAGAUGUCCUACCCUUAAUUAAAGCGCGCGCGCGUCAAGAUUUGAACGAGACAAGACAUCCACGCACGACGUUUAAUAAUUAUUCAUUCUUUUCUAGUAGAACAAUCAUUUGUUUAUCAUUUAAUUUGCUGAAUCUCUUCGCCCAUGUUUUCUUCUUCUUUUGAACUCAUCUUUUGAUGUUGACUCUCUUGGCUACACAUGUGUAAAGCAUACGCUUACAUACGUUCUGAAAUAAUAACCAGACCAAAAUAGCAACGUCUCA